GUUGGAGAGUAGGCCCACCGCGCGCACUACCACUAAGCUCGUUGAUAAAGUGGACUACCUUGCAUACCCAACCAUGAACAGCGUAGCUGUCACUGAUGGGUAUGACUGGGAUAAAACAAAAUAGAAACAUUGAUGAAAGGAAAAACAUAUUCUACAGAUACGAAACGUGGAUUUUCUUAAAGCUAGAAUACAUAAAAAACCUGAAUUAUACUUAUUUCUAAUAGUUUUUUGAACUUAUACACACAAAUUUGUUAUAAAUAGUUGCGGACAGUGAACACGAAGGUUACAAAAAGGACUAAAUUCGUAAGUUAAAAUAAGUUGAUAAACACGAUUGUCAAACUAAAAUUAAUAAACUCCGCAGCUUAAAGCAUUCUCCAACCAUAGAACCGAGUUUGCUAAAAAGGCGUCCCGAAAAUCCCGAAGGUGUUCACGCGCCGUAACAAACUUUAAGGAAUUUACCUCGAAGUGGAGCGCAUUAGCGUUCGGAAUGUCGGUCUCGAAUAGGACAACGAACAAGCGCCGCGGCGUCAUCCGACAGCUGACGGACGAAGAAAGCUCCGUUGCCGCCCGUUGCCCUUCAUGCGAUCGGCCAGAUGUGGCUGAUAGAUGGAUGGUCCAGUGUGAUCUAUGCCAAAGGUGGUUUCACUUCUCCUGUGCGAGAGUCGACGAGAGUGUGCGAGACCGCAGUUUCGCAUGUGGCACCUGCGCACUUCAACACGGGUUGGAAUCCACUAGAUCGACCACUUCCAGCACAAAUUCGGCGAGAAGACGGCUCGAGCUCCUCCGGUUAGAGGAGGAAAAGGAACUUCAGGAGAAACUGCUAGCGGAACAAGUCGAAGAGGAGGCGGCUCUGCAAAGGAAGAUAGUGGAAGAGGAACGGGAGCGUCGAAAGAGGACUAUGCAGGAGAAGCUGGAUAUUGCCAAGCGGUAUAUCAACAAGAAGUACGAGGUGCUGCAGGAGGAGGAACGAUCCAAUCAUGGUGGGAGUCGGAAAAGUCAUUCCAGCACUCGAAGCAAACUGAGCGACGUUGAGAAGUGGGUGAAUAACCAAAAUUUGGCCUUGGUAACUGGAUCCGGGACGAGUCAAGCCCCCAUCGGUGCCACGCCAGUUGUCGAAAUUGACCCCAAAACAACAGCUAGUAGUUCGUGUGGCGGUGCAGUUCCGAUCGUUUCCGCGCAGGCUGGUGUUUCCAAUGCAUCUGUAGCAGCUACCGGUCCGUACAACCUCAACAAUAUCGCUUCUUGGGGAAUACUGGUACCCCGGUCGGGUCAGGGCCCGUCGAAUUCAGCUUCGGUUCCCCCUCCAUCACUACCGACAACGUCCAGUACUCCGGUGCAGGAAAAGCAGAUUCCUCGUAGCACCAAUCACGUAGCAGCUGACAUUUCUCCCCCCGCGACGACCCAGCAAGUUGGGCCGGCAGUGUACGAUAUGGACAUUUCUCCACCUCACGUCGGCGAACGGUCCAGAGCGGAUCUAGAGCGAGAGCUGCAGGAACUGCAGCAACAGUUAACCAACCUCAAACGAAGUUCGUCCAGUCAGUAUCACUGUCCAGCUCCUGGCGGCAUCAGCAACGUUUCAGUUCCAGUAACUAGCCUAAGUAACAUGGCAGAUACAGGUACGUCAAACUUGCAUGAUUUGUUUCAAGCGACUCAAGAUGAAGGUAGACAAGCGCAGUUUCCGCGCAGUUACCCAGUAGGGACUCAGGCAAAUGUUAGAUUCGCUACACAAUGUACCAUACAGAACACGAUUCCAAACACUAGCUUUCUUCCUCGCUGGAACCCGAUGGUUUCAUCAAGUCGCUUAACGUCGAACCCACCAGGGGUUCUCAAUCCGAGUUUUUACAACGAUCCCAAUGUUCUCGCUGGUAACUUGUUCCAGCAGUAUGAACCAAGAAUUUCCAAUCCCAUUACCCGAUCAACUUUGUCGGCAGAAGCACCUCCCUAUCCUUUCGUCGCGAGUGAAAGAAGUGCUCCGAAUCGGAUAAGUCAGCCAGUCACUUUUCCGGUUGAUAUUACUUCUCGCCCUUUCGUCGCGAGUGUGCCGAGUGUCCCUAAUCCAAUCGUUACGCCAGUAGUGUCACAACGAGCGGUUCCUGAUCCAUCGGCCAGGCAUUGUGGACCGAGUUCGCAGCAAAUCGCCGCGAGGCACGUCGUGCCCAAGGAGCUUCCGGAGUUCGCAGGUGAUCCCAUAGAGUGGCCAUUGUUCGUGAGCAGUUACAACAACUCGACUCGAAUGUGUGGAUAUACCGACGACGAAAAUCUUAUGCGACUGCAACGCAGCCUGAAGGGGAAUGCGAAGGAAGCUGUUCGGGGGCAUCUCUACCAUCCGUCAUCCGUGCCACAGAUCAUGACCACCUUGGAAACCCUAUACGGACGCCCGGAACUAAUAGUAAAAUGCUUGACGAGCAAGGUGUAUUCUACACCGGCGCCAAAAGCAGAUAAAUUGGAAAGUCUCAUCAGUUUCGGACUCGUUGUGCAGAACCUCUGUAGCCAGCUACAGUCUAUGGGUAUGGAAACCCAUUUGUCCAAUCCCUCACUUCUCCAGGAUCUAGUGGACAAGCUGCCCGCUAACAUAAAGCUUGACUGGGCUAUGUAUCAGCGACACGUUCCAGUAGUGGACUUGCGUGCUUUCGGCACCUAUAUGACCACUAUUGUGUCUGCCGCUAGCAAGGUCACGCUCUACGCAGAGCCGUCUACAAAACCAGAGAAGCCUAAAGGGAAGGAAAAGGGUUUCGUCAACGCCCAUUCAACAGAACCCGACAAGGAGGAGACAAGCGGCGUGAGUGUAGGCUAUCGACCAAAGCCGUGUCUGUUGUGUAAGACGGAGGGACAUAAAGUGAGGGAUUGCGAGAGAUUCAAGCAAUUAACGUUGGCGAAUCGAUGGAAAACUGCUCAUCAGCUGAGCCUUUGUCGUCACUGCCUGAUUCCACACGGAAAGUGGCCAUGUAAGGCCACAGUUUGUGGAGUUGCUAACUGCGAAGAGCGUCAUCACAAGUUGUUACACCCUGGAGAUCCCCAGUCGUCGGUUACCGAAAAUACAACACCAGCGAUAAACCAGCCCUCAUCUUCAGCGACCGUGAAUGUCCAUCGACAGCAUCCGUGUCCGGUACUCUUCCGAAUACUGCCAGUUACACUCUACGGGAAGAAUGCAUCAGUCAACACGCUAGCGUUUCUCGACGAUGGGUCGUCGCACACGCUUAUUGAGAAGGAGUUGGCCGACGAACUAGGCGUUGAAGGCGAAGUGGAACCCCUGUGCCUACAGUGGACAGGCAAUAUACGACGAACAGAAAGAGAAUCCCAGAACAUUCAACUUGCAGUUUCGGCGAUUGGUAACGACCGUAAGCAUUCUUUGGAUCAUGUGCGUACGGUGGAGAACUUGGAUCUUCCUCCACAAUCGUUGCAGUACGAAGAAAUGGCGCGCAAAUUCGGCUAUCUGAAGGGUAUUCCUGUGAACAGUUAUUCUAGCGCUGCACCUCGUAUCCUGAUCGGCGCUGACAAUGCCAAGUUGCUGCUGACAUUAAAGAAGCGAGAAGGAAAGUACUGCGAACCAGUUGCGGCGAAGACUAGAUUAGGUUGGACCAUCUACGGGAAAGCGGAAGGCCUUAACGACUCGCCUGAACAUCGCCUUCUUCACAUUUGUGGCCGGUCAUCUGAUCAACAGCUACACGAUGCAGUGAAGAGCUUUUUUUCGAUUGAAACGUUCCGCAAGUCGAAGCCGACGAAGAUCGCAGGGCACGCGAAAUUUUGGAAAAGACAACCAUUCGCACAGCAACCGGAAGAUUUCAAACAGGUCUGCUAUGGAAAGCGACGAUUGACUUGUCUGGAACGAAGCCUCUCAAAGAAACCGGAAUUAUACGCGAACGUUCGUCAGCAGAUACUCGACUAUCAAGCAAAGGGUUACGCGCACAAGCUUACCGAUGAAGAAUCUGACAGCAGUGAACCAAAAAAGGUGUGGUAUUUGCCGCUAGGAGUCGUGCAGAACCCGAACAAACCCGGAAAAGUUCGGGUCAUAUGGGAUGCUGCCGCCAAAACUGGUGGUGUUUCACUGAACUCAAUGCUUCUGCCGGGCCCGGAUCUUCUCACCUCACUUCCAUCUGUAUUGUUCCGCUUUCGCCAACGAGAGGUUGCCGUCACAGGCGACAUAAAGGAAAUGUUCCACCAGAUUAUCAUUCGUCCGGAAGACCGACAGGCCCAGCGUUUCUUGUGGCGGGACAAUCAGGGAGACCCGAUUCAGGAAUACGUCAUGGACGUAGCCACGUUUGGGUCUACAUGUUCGCCAUGUUCUGCCCAAUACGUAAAGAACAAAAACGCUGAGGAAUGGAAGCAGAGAUAUCCCGAAGCAGCUGCAGCCAUAGUGGAGAAUACCUAUGUAGAUGACUACGCAAACAGUGCGGAUACGGUUGAAGAGGCAGUUCGCGUAGCACUCGAAGUGAAGGAGAUUCAUGCUAGCGCGGGAUUUGUAAUUCGGAACUGGCUCUCGAAUUCCGGACAAGUUCUUCUACGGGUCGGGGAACAAGGUUCAGAAACCACGAAAACCUUUUCUGUGGGAAAGUCAGCCGAUGCAGAACGAGUUCUGGGUAUAACCUGGCUUCCAGAAUAUGACAGUCUCAUGUUCGCCGCCAAGUUUCGCCCUGAAAUUCAACAUCUACUAGACGAAGACACGAUCCCAACCAAACGUGAGGUGCUCAGGGUCGUGAUGAGUAUUUUUGACCCCCUCGGACUGGUGGCGGCAUUUGUUGUUCACGGCAAGUGCUUGAUCCAAGACAUUUGGAGAGCAGGCGUCGGCUGGGACGACCAGAUUCCACCGAAGAUAGUCGAUCAAUGGCGGCGAUGGGUCGAGGUGCUUCGUAAUCUAGACCACGUGAAGAUUCCGCGCUGUUACUUCCCUGGAUACGACCCCCGCAGCCUUCAGAGCCUGGAACUUCAUGUUUUUGUCGAUGCGAGUGAGGCAGCGUAUGCGAGUGCCGCAUAUUUUCGGAUUGUCGAUCGUGGGCAUGUUCGCUGCGCACUUGUUGCUGCCAAAACGAAAGUGGCCCCUCUAAAACCGAUGUCAGUUCCCCGGCUAGAGUUACAAGCUGCAGUCAUUGGAGUAAGAUUAAUGAAGUCGAUUCAGGAGCAUCACACCUUACCGAUCAGUCGUCGAGUGAUCUGGGGUGAUUCGAAAACAGUGCAGUCCUGGAUCCGUUCAGACCAACGCAAAUACCGGCAAUUCGUGGCCUUUAGGGUCAGCGAGAUCCUUAGCGAAACGAGUGCAGACGAAUGGCGAUGGGUUCCGACGCGGCUCAAUGUUGCAGAUGAGGCCACAAAAUGGGGCAAAGGACCAUGCUUCCAAACUGACAGUCGGUGGUUUAUUGGUCCUGAAUUUCUGUACAAGGACGAAUCGGAAUGGCCGAUACAAGAGUCCUCCCCGCCAGACACUUCGGAAGAAAUGCGCGUGGUUCACGCUCACCAUCGAGUGGCUCCGGAAUCUCUGAUUCAAUAUCACCGGUUUUCCAAAUAUCAACGGCUGCUGCGGACCGUAGGAUUCGUUCUUCGAUUCAUCGAUUCCUGCCGUAGGAGAUUUGAUCCCGAACGACGUGAUGCGAGAACAUUGUCGAAAGAAGAACUGUUGAAAGCGGAAGUCGUGCUGUGGAAGCUGGUGCAGGCCGAAGAAUACUCUGGAGAACUAACAACAGUGCGCAAGAACGCACAGUUGUCGCCGGAAUGCGGCAAGCGGCUGGAGAAGAGCAGUCCACUGCGGAAGUUGUCGGUAUUUUUGGACGAACAAGGAGUCUUGCGGAUUGAAGGACGAAUUGGUGCGGCCAAAUGUGUUCCAUAUGGGUCCAAGUUUCCCGUGAUUCUUCCGAAAAAGCAUCGCUUCACCGAGUUACUCGUUGAAUUCUUCCAUCAGCGCUAUGCUCACGGGUUUGGGGAAACAGUAACGAAUGAACUGAGACAGAUUUUUUACAUCCCAAGUUUAAGAACAGUUGUUCGGAAAGUGGCUAGGAGUUGUCCAUGGUGUACCGUGUAUCGUGCUGUACCGAAGGCACCUCGGAUGGCACCUCUUCCAGCUGUGCGAGUGACCCCGUAUGUCCGACCGUUUACGUUCAUCGGUAUCGACUACUGUGGACCGUUUAUGAUUCGGAUCGGCAGAAGCAACGUAAAACGGUGGGUUGUGCUCAUCACCUGCUUGACGGUACGAGCCGUGCACCUAGAAAUUGCCAGCAGCAUGUCCAGCGAGUCGUGUAAGAUGGCGAUUAGGCGGUUUAUAGCCAGGAGAGGUGCUCCACAGGAGAUUUAUAGUGAUCAGGGCACGAACUUCGUCGGAGCGAGCAAAGAGCUACAAGCGGAAGUUGCAGCGGUAAAUCGUGUCUUGGCAGGAAGUUUUACAAACCGCGACACCCAAUGGCGGUUCAAUCCCCCCGCCGCCCCGCACAUGGGUGGCGUGUGGGAACGCCUAGUACGAACCGUGAAGACUUCGUUGGAUUCUCUAUCGAUCAGCAGAACACCGGACGAAGAAACUUUCAACACUCUCCUCAUUGAAGUCGAAGGAAUCAUCAACUCCAGGCCGUUAACGUUUGUGCCUCUAGGAACGGAAGAUGAGGAAGCGCUUACGCCCAACCACUUCCUGAUGCUGAGCUCGAAUGGUGUUUGCCAACCACCGCAAAUACCAGCAAAGGACAGUGGUCGGUCGCUUCGGGCUCAUUGGGACCAGGUACGGUGCUUACUGGAUGAAUUUUGGAGCAAGUGGAUCAAGGGAUACCUGCCUACAAUCUGCCGUCGCACGAAGUGGUUCGACGAUACCAAGCCAAUCAACGUUGGAGACCUGGUGUUCAUAGUCGAUGAAGGUAUGCGCAACAGCUGGACACGCGGAAAGGUGGUGAAGGCGAUUCCUGGCAGCGAUGGCAGAGUACGUAGAGUGGAGGUGCAGACGAACAACGGAGUGUUCCAGCGACCUGUUACCAAAGUGGCAGUGUUAGACGUGGCAGUUAAAGGUACAGCUGAGGAUGAUCACCAGCAAUACGGGUCGGGGAAUGUUGGAGAGUAG